CGCCGGUGGACAACAAGGCGCAGUUGCGGCGGAGCGGAGGCGCAAGAAGCGGUGGCUGGGACAGAGGCAGCGCUGCGUGUGCUAUGGCAGCCCUCUACUGAGUUAUAGCCCACACCCCCCCCAGCUUUAACCCCUCCCACCUCUCGGGGGGGUUUCCCCUCCUUUUAAUAUUUUAAUCCUCCACCGUGACAUCUGUUGUAAUUUGAUUUGUUGUCAGAUUUUCUCCCUCCCGCUGCUGGCUACCGUCAUGGAAGAAGCCGCAGCGCCUCAGGUUGACAUCGACCCGGAUUUCGAGCCUCAGAGCCGGCCCAGAUCGUGCACCUGGCCGCUCCCUCGACCAGACUUCCCAGGGGCCGAGGGCAAAGCAGAGGAAAACGCCCCGAGUAACGAGGCAGCAACGGCGGCGGCGGCGGCAGUUACCGGCAUCAAGACAGACGCGAGGGCUGUGCCGGCGAUCCAGUCGGUGCUGGGCGUCAGUGAGAUCAGUCACCACCGAAAGAAAUCGUCCCGGAGAAAUGCGUGGGGCAAUCUGUCAUACGCCGACCUGAUCACCAAAGCCAUCGAGAGCUCUCCUGACAAGAGGCUGACGCUGUCACAGAUUUACGAGUGGAUGGUUCUCCAUAUCCCCUAUUUCAAAGAUAAAGGCGACAGCAACAGCUCAGCAGGCUGGAAGAACUCAAUCCGGCACAACCUCUCACUUCACAGCCGAUUCAUCCGCGUGCAGAACGAAGGGACGGGCAAGAGCUCGUGGUGGAUGCUGAACCCUGAUGGAGGGAAGACCGGGAAGUCUCCAAGGAGAAGGGCGGUCUCCAUGGACAACAACAGUAAGUUCCUAAAGAGCAAGAGAGGGGCAAACAAGAAGAAAGCCACCCUCCAGACAACACAAGAGGGUAACGAAGACAGUCCUUCUUCACAGCACACAAAAUGGUCUGGCAGCCCCAGCUCGCACGCCAGCGACGAAUUCGACGUGUGGACCGACUUCAGGUCUCGCACAAACUCGGCAGCAAGCACCCUGAGUGGCCGCUUAUCGCCCAUCAUGGCCAAUUCCGAAAUGGACGAGCUGGAAGACGACGACGAGAACCCGUCCUCCCCGUUGCUCUACCCCAGUCCUUCCAGCACCUUGUCGCCAUCCGUCAGCUCGCGGUGCUCCGUGGAACUCCCGCGGCUGGCCGACAUGGCCGGCACCAUCAACCUGAACGAGGCGCUGACAGAGAACCUCCUGGAGGAGUUGCAGGACGGCUACACCCUGAGCCCAACGCAGCACAUUCCUUCCACGUGCCUCCGGCAGAGGAGCUCCAGCUUUUCCUAUGGAUCCAAGUGCUCGGCCCUCGGGAGCCAGGCUGGCACCUACAAUGCCACCAUGUACAGCCAGCCGCCCGUCUCCAUGCUGAGACACUCGCCCAUGCAGACUAUCCAGGAGAACAAGCAAGUCACGUUCUCAACCAUCAACCACUAUGGCAACCGCAUGCUGCAAGACCUUUUGACGCCCGAGUCGCUGCGGCACAAGGAGGUCCUGAUGACCCAGUCGGAUCCCCUGAUGCCUCAGGCCAGUACAGCGGUGACGUCGCAGAGCCAGAGACAAAUGGUGAUGUGCAGUGACCCGGCGUUGUCGCCGUUCAAUGCGCAGUCGCCCAGGUUAAUGAACGGCGACCCGUUUCACCACCCGUCGCCUGCACAGCAGACCCCUGCUGUCAGUAACGGUGCCUUAUCCAAUCCCGCCAGCCUUAUGCGCAUGCACUCUGACGCGGGUAACAUCAGCUCUGUUUCGCACCACCUCCAAAGCCAGCUCCACUCCCUUGCCAGUCACGGGAUGCAAAUGGAAGCCGCGGACACCAGGCUGGCGCCGUGCCAGGGAGGAGCUCACCCAGCUGCCACGAGUCAUGAUAAGUUCCCCACCGACCUUGACCUAGACAUGUUCCACGGCAGCUUGGAGUGCGAUGUGGAAUCCAUCAUUCUCAACGAAUUCAUGGACAAUGAAGAGCUUGACUUCAACUUUGAUUGUGCCAUGCCGACCCAAAGCGUUGGCAUCAACAUGGCCACCCUCCCUACGGCACCACAGACCACGAAUCAGAGCUGGGUGCCAGGGUGAAGCACUGUUGCAGUGUUUAGUGUUGUGUGAUGAAAAUUGUUUCCACUAAAACCUCCAAGACAGACCAGAUUAACAGGUGGUUUCUUGUGUGACAGGUUCGAAAACAAAAAAAUGAUAUCCUCUAGUGGGGGAUACGCUUAGUAAUAUGUUAGAAAAAGGGGCAAUGAUGUCUCCUUCAGCAAUGGAAGGGAAGUAAUACUCACUCUUAGAAACAGGGCAUUAAAAUACAAGGCUCCCUGAAGCUCUCAGCACAAGUGAUUUAGUUAGUGUGGUUCUAAAGUUCAAAGUUCAAAGUGCGGUAGCGUUGUGGUUAGCACCCCGCUUUACAGUACAGGUGACGCAGGUUCAAUUCCCGCCGCUGCCUGUAAGAAGUUUGUAUGAUCUCCCCGUGCCCGCCUGGGUUUUCUCCGGGUGCUCUGGUUUCCUCCCACAGUCCAAAGGCGUACCGUUUGGUCGGUGAAUUGGUCAUUGUAAAUUGUCCUGUGAUUAGGCUAGGAUUAAAUUGGGGGAUUGCUGGGCAGGGUGGCUCGAAGAGUGGAAGGCCCACCCCACGCUGUAUCUCAAUUUUAAAAAAUGAUCAUCAAAGUACAUACAUAUCACCAUAUACAACCCUGACAUUCAAUUUAAUAUGGGCAUACUCAAUAAAUCAAUAAUAGAAUAACCAUAAUGGAAUUAAUGAAAAGUUCACACCAAUUUGGGCAUUCUACCAGAGCGCAUCGACAAUCUAAAGUAAAUGCAGCUCAUGGAAAUAGUCCCUGAAAUUAAGGCCUUAACCCAGAGCAAGAUACACAAAAUGCUGGAGGAACUCAGCAGGUCAGGCAACAUCUAUGGAAAUGAGUACACAGUCGAAGUUUUGGGCCAAAACCCUUCUACAGGACUGAGGAGGAAGGAGUAAAAUGCCAGAAUAAAAAGGUGGGGUGAAGGGCAGGUGAUAGUUGAAAACUCUUGAGCCAAGAUGAGGCCACUCUCAGGAUGAAGGAGCAACAUCUUAUAUUCAGUCUGUGUAGACUCCAACCUGAUGGCAUGAACAUUGAUUUCACCUUCUGGUAAAAAAUAUUUUUCCUCCCCUUUCCUUCAGAAGAAGAGAAGGAAUUCCCUACUCUGACCUGUUAUCUCUUCUCACCUGCCUAUCACCUCCCCCUGGUCACCCCCUCCUUCCCUUUCUCUGAUGGUCCGCACUCCUCUCCUAUCAAAUUCCUUCCUCUCCAGCCCUUUACCUUUCCUACCUACCUAUCACCUUCUAGCUAGCCUCCUUUCCCUACCUCCACCCCCGCCAUUUUUUUAUUCUAGUGUCUUCCCCCUUCCUUUCCAGUCCUGAAGAAGGGUCUCGGCCUGAAAUGUUGACUGUUUAUUCAUUUCCAUAGAUGCUGCCCGACCUGCUGAGUUCCUCCAGCAUUUUGUGUGUGUUGCUCUGGAUUUCUAGCGUCUGCAGACUUUCUCGUGUUUAUGCCUUAAUCUAUUGUCUCCAGAGAGUAAAAAAAUGUUAUGACUUCAUAGCUCUAUGUCUGGAGAAGUCUUUCAGAACAUAAUCCUCAACUUUCUAAAUAAGAGCUGAAUUGGUGUGAUGUAGAGGGAGCUAGGUUUCUCGCUCUGUACCCUGUGUCAGAAAUUAAGUCUGUUCACUCUUAAAAGAUUACACUGGACAACAAAUUUUUUUCAGAAGUGUUGCUUCUUCAGAAUUUUUUUUUUUGGUUAUGAUAGACCGCUUGAAGCUGAACACAAAUUUAAUUUCGGAUUACUUGUAUCAUGUAGGAAUUUGGAGAAACAAGAAAUUAACUUUUGUUGAAGAUAAUGCAUUUAAUUGCAUUAUGGUGCUAACGCUUUGCAACAGUUCAAAGCUAAAAACGUUUUGUUGGUGAUUUUUAUUUCUACUCAGUGUCUGAGGCUUCUUGCUUAAAUGUCCAACAAUAAUUAGCCAGCAUUGAUGGAUUCCAGUUACCCUGAUACCAUUUCUCUAUGACUGCAAUGUCCUGGUGAAACCAUUCACCAUGCUCGUCACUGACAUGAAUUAUGAACUGAAGUAACAAAUAUAGGCGAUUCCAAACAAAAUGGUGUGUGAUAGGGAAAUUUCAUGGUGAUUUUCAUGAUCAGCAGCCCAAAAUCUGUCAGAUACACCCAAAAGUAUUUAGGAAGCAAAAUCUUUGUUGUCCGGUGUUAUCAGAAUUCACAUGAAGGACUAGAUUUCUACUGCCCCCACCACAACUGAAGCUCUCUCUAUCGUAUAUUAGAAUCUUACCAAUUCCUUCUGUCCUUUUGUGUAGUUAGUACUCAAAAACUGUCACAAUACACUCAGGAGCCACUUUAUUAGGUGCGGGAGUGGAACUCAGUGUGCUCUUCUGUUGCCGUGGCCCCCCCAAUUCAAGGUUCAACGUGCUGUGCAUUCAGAGAUGCUCUUCUGCUCACCACUGUUGUAACACGUGGUUAUUCGAGUUUCUGUCGCAUUUCUGUCAGCUUGAACCCGUCUGGCCAUUCUCCUCUGACCUCUCUCGUUAACAAGGUACGUUUGCCCACAGUUUUGAGAUGAAACACAGAAACAUCAAAAAUCUACAGCACAAUACAGGCCCUUCGGCCCACAAUGCUGUGCUGAACGUGUACUUACUUUAGAAAUUACCUAGGGUUACCCAUAGCCCUCUAUUUUUCUAAGCUCCAUGUACCCAUCCAAGAGUCCCUUAAAAGUCCCUAUCGUAUCUGCCUCCACCACCGUUGCCAGCAGCCCAUUCCACGCACUCACCACUUUCUAUGUGAAAAGACUUGCCCUUGACAUCCCUUCUGUACCUACUUGCAAGCACCUUAAAACUGUGCCCUCUCGUGUUAGCCAUUUCAGCCCUGGGAAAAAGCCUCUGACUAUCCACACGAUCAAUGCCUCUCAUCAUCUUAUACACCUCUAUCAGGUUACCUCUCAUCCUCCGUCGCUCCAAGGAGAAAAGGCCAAGUUCACUCAACCUGUUCUCAUAAGGCAUGCUCCCCAAGCCAGGAAACAUUCUUGUGAAGCAGUGUGCAAAUUGGACCAGCCAUAUGUACUCAGUGGCCACUUUAUAAUUAGAUACUUAAUAAAGUGGCCACUGAGAUGUACUUAUGUACAUAGUCUUGCACUAAUAUAGCAUAUUUACUUCAAGGUUUGACGUGUUGUGUGUUCAGAGAUGGUUUUCUGCACACCACAGUUCUAACGCGUGGUUAUUUGAGUUUCUGUCACCUUCCUGUUAGCCUGAACCAGUCCGCCUAUUUUUCCCUUACUUCUUUCAUCAACAAGCCAUUUUCCCCCACAGAACUGUCCCUUUCUGGAUGCUUUUUGGCUUUUUGCACCAUUCUCUGUAAACUCUAGAGACUGUUGUGCAUGAAAAUCCCAGGAGGUGAACUGUUUCUGAGAUCCUCAAACCACCCCGUCUGGCACCAACAGUCAUUCCACGGUCAAAGUCACUUAGAUCACAUUUCAUCCCCAUUUUGGUAUUUAGUUUGAACAGCAGCUGAACCUCUUGACCCUGUCUGCAUGCUUUUAUGCAUUGAGUUGAUGCCACAUGAUUGGCUGAUUCGAUAGUCAUAGAGUCAUAGAAACAGGCCAUUCGGCCCAUCUAGUCCACGCCAAACCAUUUAAUCUGCCAAGACCCAUCGACCCACACUUGGAUUAUAGACCUCCACACCCCUCCCAGUGAUGUACCUAUCUAAACUUAUCUUAAAUGUUGAAAUCAAAAUCACAUCCACCACUUAUUCUGGCAGCUCAUUCCACACUCUCACCACCAUCUGAGUGAAAAAAUUUCCCCUCAUGUUCCCUUUAAACAUUUCACCUUCCACCUUUAACCCAUGACCUCUGGUUGUAGUCUCACCUAAGUGGAAAAUACCUGCUUGCAUUGCCCCUAUCUAUACCCCUCAUAAUGCUGAAUGCCUAUAUCAAUCUUCUACAUUCUAAGGAAUAAAUUUCUAACCUAUUCAAUCUUUCCUGAUAACUCAGGUCCCCCAGUCCCCUAGAUAUUUUCAUUAGCCAGCAGGAGUAGAUGCACACAGCAGUGUAGCAAGUUGUUAGCACAAUGUUUCAGAGUGCAGGCAACCUGGGUUCAAUUCCUGCCACUGCCUGUAAUUCUCCCCAUGACCGCAUGGGUUUCCACCAGAUGCUCUGGUUUUCUCCCAGAGUCCAAAGACAAUUGUCAUGUGAUUAGCCUAGCAUUAAGGGGACAGCGUGGCUCAGAGGAUUAGAAGAGUCUAUUCUACGCUGUAUCUCAAUAAAACAAAUAUAAAAUAAAGUGGCUACAGAGUAUAUAUAAUGACUUUCAACACAAGGGGAAAUGAGAUUCGUCAAAUUAGAAAUCAGUGCAUUAUUUUCUAAUGAUAAAUAUUAAUUUAUCCAACCACCAAAUGCUGCAAGUCCUACCAAGAAACCAGAAGUUAGUUUGGUCUGUGUUCAGAAUAGUUUCUUACUCAGUUUUGCAUUUUUCAACCACAGUUGCAUUAAAGUCACCAAAGCUUAAUUUUAUUUUUAAUGGACGACAACACACACACAAAAUGCUGGAGGAACAAAGCAGGUCAGACAGUAUCUAUGGAAAGGAAUAAAACGUUGGGCCAAGACCCUUUACUGAGACUGGAAAAGAAGUGGGGGGGGGGUGGGGAAGAAGCCAGAAUAAGAAAGUGGGAAGAGGGGAAGGAGGACAAUUUGGCAGGAGAUCGGUGAGGCCAGGUGAGGGGGAAGGUUUAGGUCUAUGAUCUUUCAUGAGAAUUCAUUUCAAAGUUCAAAGUACAUUCAUUACCUUGAGAUUUGUCUGCUUUACAGGCAGCCAUGAAACAAAGAAACUCAAUAAACAAAAGAAGGCCACCAAACAUCCAAUGUGCAGAGAAACAAUUGUGCAAACAGCAUUCAGAGCUGAAGUUCAUAACAUCGGGCAUCAGGGCCAGCUGAUUCCAGAAGCCAUAGAAGCCAGUUCAGAAGGACUCAGUCCAGCACAGAGAUGAGCAAAGCCCACGGGGCAGCGAACCCAACCAGCCCAUCUCUCACCUCCGACCCCAACCAAUUCAACCUAGUCUGUCACUUAAAUUGUCCAAAACUCACCCUUGGGGCCAGCCUCCAUGGCCUCAAUCAGGCCAGUACCUUCCAAUUUGGCUCGGCUCUCAAAUCAGUCAAACCUAGGUCCAAAUCACAAUCAGAAUCCGAUUUACUAUCACUGACACGUGACAUAAAAUUCAUUGUUCUGGGCAGCAGCGCAGUGCAAAGACAUAAAAAUAUUCAACUUACAGAAAUAGUCAAAUGAUGCAAAAUAAAAAUAAAGAGGGUGUGUUCAUACUGUUCAAAAAUCUAAGGGCAGAGGGGAGGAAGUCGUUCAUGAAUCAUAGAGUUUGGGUCUUCAGGCUCCUGUGCCUCCUCCAGUAGCUUGUGUGUGUUGGUCUGGAUUUCCAACAUCUGCAGAAUCUCUUGUGAUUAUUUUUUAAUAACUCUGUUUAUAACAACCGAAGGCAUUUUAAUACACACAUGUAUUACUGGGGUUUAGAUCAAGCAGAGGUGAAAUGUGAUAAGUGAAAGGAUGUUGGGUGAGAAGGAAUUUUCUUUGACUGUGGACCGAUAAACGGUUGGAAUUUGAGAAUGCGAAUCUCUUCGGAAGACUUUGACUGAAACGAUCCUUUUCAUUCAGUAGCCUACCACUGCUGCUUGACUACUCUUGAUAUAACUUUGUAAAGUUGUUUUCUUUCAUAGACAGGGAGUUUUAAAAUGCUUCAUAUUCUUACUGCUUUUGCAUUUAUCAUUAUUGUAUGCUGUUUUGGUUAAAACAAAUGUAUUUAUUUUAUUGAGGGAAAUGACGAGCUUGGUAAUGUAGGUGUUCAGAGGUGAAACUACAGCCUGGAACUUUAAUUUAUGUAGUGAUUGGGGCAUUACUUUGUGAGAAUUUCUCUUGGGAUUUUGACGCUGGCUGGCAUGUUUUGUGAUAGAGAAUGGAGUCAGGGGACAACGUGCAAACGUGCUUUGCCUGUCGUCAACUGCCCAAAUACCUGAAACUUUCUCUGGAAAGUGCCAUAAGUGAUAGUUAUAUAAGUUGUGUAUGUAAUAUUAACUUUUUAAUGUAAAGUGUAUGGAGAAUUAAAAAUUGAAGAAGCCCAUUCUUAAGUGUACAUACAGGUACUGUACUGUAACUUCACCAUGUAUUCUUUGGACGUUGAUGUGAUUAAGAUUAUAAUUUCUUUUUAUUUUUCAAAUACAAAAUAAUAUUGUAUGACAAAAGAGUCCCUGACCACCAGUUUCUGCAUCGUUUCCUUUGAAAUUCUUGAGAGAACCUAAAGAAAUUCCAGGUUAAUCAAUCGAUUUUUUUCCCCCGGAAUAUUAUCGAAAGACAAUGAAA